UAGCCAGAAAGUUCUUGCGGUUAAUUCGCCAGUCGUUGGAGUGAGUGGAAACUUGACAGUAAUUUUCAAGCCCUUACGGUACUAAGCAGUAAUUGAAGCCCAAAUUACAGGUAAUUUUUGGUUUAAGGAAUUCCAAAACCUGCCAGAUCUAUCGAAUUAAAAAUGACGUAAAAAACAAGCCAAGGCUUUGCCGUAGGCAAACUCUCCAUCUCUGCUUCCUCUCUCUUUCCCCCUCGCUUCUAAUUCCCAACGGCCGAACUCCAAACUGCUCUUCAAACCCUAACCCUAGACCCGUUUAGAUCGCAAUACUGAGCCUCUCCACUCCUUCAUGCUAUCGUGAUGAAUCUGUGGACCGACGACAACGCCUCUAUGAUGGAGGCCUUUAUGCCCACCAACGAGUUCCACGGCCUCGGUUGGACGCCGAUGCCUGCGCCGGCGCCGGCGUACUUCAGUCAGGAAACGCUACAGCAUAGGUUACAGAUUCUGAUCGAAGGAGCGAAGGAAAGCUGGGCAUACGCAAUCUUUUGGCAAUCUUCCGUGGACGUUGGCUCUGGCGCUACUCUUCUUGGCUGGGGUGAUGGGUAUUACAAGGGUAGCGAAGAUGACAAGAGGAAGAGGAAGGCUAACACGGCCGCCUCCGCAGCGGAGCAGGAGCACCGGAAACGCGUGCUCCGGGAGCUUAAUUCUCUGAUCUCCGGCGGCGCAGGGUUCUCGAUGGACGAUGCGGUUGAAGAGGAGGUUACUGAUAGCGAGUGGUUUUUUCUUGUAUCCAUGACGCAGUCUUUUUUAAAUGGUACCGGAGUCCCUGGUCAAGUCUUCUUUUCCGGCGUCCCUUCCUGGAUAGCCGGUGGUGAUCGGCUCGCUGUAGCACACUGUGAGCGCGCGCUGCAGGCGCAAACGUUCGGGAUCCAGACGAUGGUUUGUGUUCCUGUAGCAAACGGCGUCGUUGAGCUCGGAUCGACGGAUACUAUCUUCCAUAGCGCGGAGAUCAUGAGCAAGGUCAAGGUUGUGUUCAGUUUCAACAGUUUUGAAAAUUCAGCGGCCGCUUCCGGUGGCGGCCCGGGUUCAUGGCUGCCGUCGCAUUCUUUCCUUCCGGUGGCGACCGAUCAGGGCGAGGCGGAUCCAUCGAUGUGGAUCUCUGAUCCAUCCGUCAUUGAAAUCAAGGAUUCGGUAUCACCUGCCACCGUCGAGAUCUCUGCUAUAAAAUCCCCAAUUAUGGACAACCCUAGCACCAGCAGCCUGACGGAAAAUCGGAAUUUGAUUCCAAUUCCACAACCACAGCAAAAUCACCGGCAAUCAUUGAAUCUGCAGCAGCAUCGUCAUCACUCCUUAUACGGCAAUGAAUUCAAUUUCUCAGAUUUUGGUCUAAACAGCACCGUCACUUCCCAGCCCUUAAAACCGGAAUCGGGCGUCAUUAAUUUAGGGGAAAAGGUUAGGAAUUCGUCCUCUUCUGGCCUUUCUCCCCAUCAACAGAUCACAGAUGUCAACAAGAAAUCCGCAGCCGCCACAACGUCCCGAGGAAGCAACGAAGAAGGCAUGCUAUCCUUCUCCAACGGUCAGGUCAAGCCCGCCACUAUUGCAUCCGCCGCGGCAGGAGAAUCGGACCACUCCGACCUGGAGGCUUCCGUCCGCGAGGCGGAGAGCAGCAGGGUUGUGGAGCCCGAGAAGCCGCGGCCGCGUAAGCGCGGGCGCAAGCCGGCCAACGGUCGGGAGGAGCCUCUCAACCACGUUGAAGCGGAGCGGAUGCGACGCGAGAAGCUGAACCAGAGAUUCUACGCUUUGCGCGCGGUGGUUCCCAACGUUUCGAAGAUGGAUAAGGCGUCUCUGCUGGGCGACGCCAUCUCGUACAUCAACGAGAUGCAGUCGAAGGUAGAAGCUCUCGAAAGCGAGAAAGAGGGCUUACAGUCUCAGCUCGAAAACCUUAUGUCUAAGCCCCCGUCACAGCCGCCGGCCGAGCAGGGGUUAAAUGUGAUAAAUAGUACCGGAAGGUCAUCCAACGUGGAGGUCGAGGUGAAGAUACUCGGCGCGGAAGCGAUGAUACGGGUUCAAUGCUCCCGCCGGAACCAUCCAGCGGCGAGGUUAAUGGCGUCGCUUAAGGACCUGGAACUCGACCUAUGUCAUGCGAGCUUUUCGGUCGUCAAGGAGCUCAUGAACCUGCAAGUAACGGUCAAGUUUUCAGGCCGCGGUUAUACGCAGGAGCAGCUCAGCUCCAUUCUCUCCUCCCGCCUUUCCGAACCUUCCCGCCGUUAGGCUGUACAACAACCAUAAUAGUUACCGUAGCUCUUUCUCAUCUCUGUAAUGUGGACUGAAUUAAUUAUCCAUGAUUUGCAAAAUUGACAUUUUUU